UUAUAUCUUUCGUCAUGCCACACGUCAGCAUAGUGCGCCCUCUGCUUGCGAUCUUAUAUUUGUAUAUAUAAUGUGGAUGGAGGAUUGGCUUAUGUAAAAAUUGUAUUAGGUUAAUCGUACAUCACAUAACGUAUCAGAAUAAUUCAGCAAAAUGGUACUUAUUGCUGCAGCAGUCUGCACAAAAGCAGGCAAAACUAUUAUUUCUCGUCAAUUUGUUGAAAUGACAAAGGCCAGAAUAGAAGGUUUACUUGCCGCAUUUCCAAAGUUAAUGAGCUCUGGCAAACAACAUACAUUUGUAGAGACAGAAUCUGUGAGAUAUGUUUAUCAACCAUUGGAAAAAGUAUAUAUGCUACUAAUCACAACAAAAGCUAGUAAUAUAUUAGAAGAUUUAGAAACAUUGAGGCUUUUUGCGAGAGUUAUACCAGAAUAUUGCAAUUCAAUGGAUGAACUUGAAAUAGCUGAAAAUGCAUUCAAUUUGAUAUUUGCAUUUGAUGAAAUAGUUGCAUUAGGAUAUAGAGAAAGUGUUAAUUUAGCACAGAUUAGAACAUUUGUAGAGAUGGAUUCACACGAAGAAAAAGUUUAUCAAGCUGUAAGAAUGACUCAAGAAAGAGAAGCCAGAAAUAAAAUGCGUGAGAAAGCAAAGGAAUUACAAAGACAAAGAAUGGAAGCAGUUAAAAAAACUGGUCUUAAAAGUCCUGGAUUUGGUAAUUCUUAUAGCAGUGGUAACUUUACACCAACACUUAGUGUGAGAGAUACUACUAAUUUUGUACCAGAAACAGUUAGACCUUCAUAUACACCGACACAAAAGCCUGUUAAUGCUGGUCCAGGAGCGAUGAAAUUAGGGGGAAAAUCUCGUGAUGUUGAUUCAUUUGUAGAUCAGUUAAAGGAAGAAGGAGAAAAUGUUGUAACAACACCUUUACCUACAACAGGAGCAAAACCAACAUCACUUACACCACAGAUAAUUAACACUGAACCAGUUCAUCUGCGACAGGAAGAACGUCUUAAUGUAAGAAUUGGUCGUGACGGUGGUUUACAACACUUUGAACUGCAUGGUUUAGUAACAUUACAUAUUUCGGAUGAAAAAUGGGGUCGAAUCCGUGUACAAUUAGAAAACAGAGAUUCGAGAGGAAUUCAAUUGCAAACGCAUCCAAAUGUAGAUAAAGAAUUAUUCAGAACACGUGGCCAAAUAGGUUUAAAAAUUCCUACAAAACCGUUUCCAUUAAAUACCGAUGUUGGAGUAUUAAAAUGGCGAUUGCAAGCUCAAGAUGAGACAGCAUUACCUAUUUCAAUUAAUUGUUGGCCAUCUGAAAACGGAGAAGGUGGAUGUGACGUGAACAUAGAAUAUGAAUUAGAACAAUUUAAUUUGGAAUUAAAUGAUGUUCAAAUAAACAUUCCAUUACCUAUAGGAUGUAAUCCCAUAGUAAGUGAAUGCGAUGGUCAGUAUACCCAUGAAGCACGACGAAAUACGCUUGUCUGGUCUUUACCAGUGGUUGAUGCAACAACCAAAUCAGGUUCAAUGGAAUUCUCAGCACCUUCAUCUACUCCUGCAGACUUCUUCCCUCUUCUUGUUUCAUUCUCGUCUAAAACAUCUUAUGUUGAUAUCAAAGUAACUGAAGUUUUACUUGUGGAAGAUGAAAGUCCAGUUAAAUAUUCAGUGGAAACAGUUUUCUUUACUGAUAAUUACGAAGUGGUAUAAAAGUAUAAAAGUAUUGAAAAAUAAGAUGAUUACUUGUGCUAAGUUUGUACAAAAAUACAGAAUUAGCACUGUCCAUUGGAAUUUUGAAGAUAAAGAUUUUCAACUUA